AGUGAAAGAGAAUGAGAAAAUGUGAAAAUGAGAGGUAAAAGAUUAAUAGUUAAAUCUUGAAUUUGAAACACAUAUGUUAAUAGCUAAAUCCUGAAUUUGAAACACAUAUGUUAACCAACUAAACAAAAAGAAAACCGAAUUUUGCACGGCUCUCUCUAUAUAUAAUAGAAUUUUUGCUUUCUUCGGUGGAUAUUUUUUUAUAUACUGAUUUUCUAACAAGUUCAACUAAACCAAAUCAAAUUAUUGUGUACCAAAUAUGCAUAAUUAUUUCUUUAAACCGAUCCGGUCAACGAUCAAUUAAAAUAAGACCGUUUAGAAAGGGUAAAAUCGUCAGUACAACAAAACAUUUAGGAGCCUCUCCUCUUUGUUUUCAAUCAGACCGUUACGAAUCAAAAAAAGCAAAUUUCAAUUUGAUAAAAAGUUUCAAACUUUGUGAGGAAGAAGACGAACCCAAGCGAUGGACGACACAAUCUCAAACCCUAGUAUGGAACCUCUGUUGUUUUCUAUCGAUACAAUGUCCGGAACGCAACAAAAACUCAAGCUUUUGGUUGAUAACGGCGAUUACGGAUUCGAGAGAGGACCUAGGUACGGAGAGUACGCGAGGCUACGAGAAUCGAAGCUUCGGAUGAAACGAGACUUCGAGAAGAUUCUGAAAGAAGAGCAAAUUAGAUUUGGGUUAAGAGAAGAUGACGAAAUCAGGGUUUUGCCGGAGAAGAAGACGACGAGGUUUGGGUUUAAUCCGAGUUUGAAUCAGAGGAAAGCAGCAACGACGUCGUCGUCUUCUUCGUUGGCUCAAUCGGUUCCUGAUUUCUCUGUUAUGAUUCGUAAAGAGAAUCGUAGACCGGUUAAUUCGAAUUUGCUUCCUCGGAGAACAGAGCUUACUCCACCGCCGGUUAAGAGUCGAAACGCCGCCGUUUUCGCCGGAUCUGCGUUGAGAGGAAGUGUCUCAGCGAGUGCUGGUGAGAAGAAAGGUAUUGGGAUGAUGAUGCGUAAAAGCUACGCGACUGUUGAAGAUCUUAAGAAAGUUUCCAUGGCUGCUGCUUCUGCCAUUAACGGCGGCGGCGGAGGAGGAAGGAAAUCGAUUGGCGGCGGAGGAAGGAAAUCAAUUGGUGGUGGUGGUCGGACUAUUCUAGGUUACAGACAAAUUUACUGAUUCUUCUGUUCUUGUUUGUGUCCAAAAAUCUUAACAUUUGUGGCUUAAAGUUUGGUUUUCUGUCUUUCUACGAUUUCUCUAUUCUUUUGUGGGUUUUGAUUGAUGAAAGAUUAGUCCUUUUUCAGAUUUUUUGGUUGUGAGAUUGAAGAUUUGUAUUAGGGAAGUGAAUCCACAUCUCUGUUCAGAUUCAGAUAUAUAAAAAAGCUUUGGUUUUUGGAACCAA